GUCUUUCAGAUACUUGGCGGUUAGGAGGAACUGGUGAGAGCCAGACUGCGCACGAUUAGAAAUGGCGCAAAAGACAGAGACUCCAGACACUCAUGCAUGGUCCGGCAGACUACUGCUGACAACUCUCCAACCUGCGGCACCUGGAUGAGCCCGACACCUACAGUGGAGCACCCACGGGGACACGCAUCUCAAAGAAGUGUUGUUACUGCACCAAGAUCCUGAGGCAGGUUCGAGGAACUGGCUAGAGCUGGACUGAAUGGUGUGAAAGAGUGCGAACGCCACGAGACGCCCUCCACGCAUGCGCGGUCCAGCCAACUACUGCUGUGAAAAUCUCCCUACAGUGGUGUCAGCGCAAGCCCAGCAUCUACAGUGGAGCACCUACGGGGACACACAUUUUGAAGAACAACAGUUACUGCACCAAGCUUCCUCCCCUGUGCAGCAUUUUUGGUUAGGACAUUCUGCAACAUUCCAGACAACCAUAAACUCUUUUAAAAGAUGAAAGAGAAAGUGGGGCGUGAGGGGAAGCUCGUCUUUGAGAGUCUGAUUCUGUUACCCGUGAUCACUCUGAAUUGCACCUUCCUCUGCGGCGCCUGGCUUCGCGGAGAUGAAUGAAAGCGGCGCGCUCGAUGGAACCGGGCUCCUUGUCGCCCGGAUUCAAGCCAGCGACGGCAACUCUUCCCUCCAGCUCUCCUCGCAGCUCCCCGUCUUCGCCAUCAACCCCUGGGACGUUAUGCUCUGCAUCUCCGGGACCAUCAUCACCUGUGAAAAUGCCAUCGUGGUGGCCAUUAUAUUCUACACCCCCAACCUGCGAACCCCUAUGUUCGUGCUGAUCGGGAGCCUGGCCACUGCGGACCUACUGGCUGGAGUUGGUUUGAUCCUCAAUUUUGUUUUUCAAUAUGUGAUCCAGUCAGAGACCAUUAGCCUUAUUACCGUUGGAUUCCUAGUUGCCUCCUUUACUGCUUCUGUGAGUAGCUUGUUAGCCAUCACAGUUGAUCGUUACCUCUCCCUGUACAAUGCACUGACUUAUUACUCAGAGAAGACUGUUCUCUGCAUUCACCUGAUGCUGAUUGUUACCUGGGGGGUGUCCCUCUGCUUGGGACUACUCCCUGUACUAGGCUGGAAUUGUCUAGAUGACUACUCAUCGUGCAGCAUUGUCAGACCCUUGACCAAAAGCAACCUGACUUUGCUGUCUGCCUCCUUCUUUUUGGUUUUUAUCAUCAUGCUCCAUCUGUACAUUAAAAUCUGCAAAAUAGUUUGCCGGCACGCACACCAGAUAGCUCUCCAGCAACAUUUCUUGACUGCAUCUCACUAUGUUGCUACUAAAAAAGGAGUCUCUACACUUGCUAUAAUUCUUGGGACCUUUGGAGCAAGCUGGUUACCAUUUGCUAUCUAUUGUGUAGUUGGAGAUAUUGACUAUCCUUCUGUGUACACUUAUGCCACACUUCUGCCUGCUACUUACAACUCUAUGAUCAAUCCUAUCAUUUAUGCCUACAGAAACCAAGAAAUUCAGAGGGCUAUGUGGGUUCUUUUUUGUGGCUGCUUUCAGUCUAAAGUGUCCUUUCGUUCAAGAUCACCCAGUGAUGUCUAAGUGACUUUUCUCUUUGUAAUGCUGCCCAAAGAGACAAACUACUUAGUGAAUUACAGUGCCUGUUAUGAACUAGAUCCAUGUUGUGAAGUUGUUGAAAACAUGCUUAAACAUUAGCACUUUAUGUAUAUAUAUUUGUAUACUUUUGGAAUGUUCAAGUAUGGAUCCUUCGGUUCUGUAAAAAAUGUGGCUGCAUUUAAAGCUGUACAUCACAUUUGUAAAAUGAAGACAUUCCAAACCUGCUUAAUUAUAGCACUUUAUUUCUAGCUUCUGAACUGCCAAAACAGUGUUGCCGUUUCCAAGGGCAGAGAGAAAGGAGGUGAAAUGUAUUUUAUGUGUGUGUGAGUAUAUUUGCUGCACAAUGUUGAUAAAUUAUAAC